AUGUCUUGUUCAAAAAUAUUUCCUGGAGACUUUCCUGAAUUAACUUGUGAAGUUAUAAAAUAUUUACAGAAUGAUUAUUCAACUUUAUAUUCAUGCGUUUUAGUUAACAGAUUAUGGUGUCUUUUAGCGAUUCCAUUAUUAUGGGAAAAUCCAAUUUCAAUUUCAAAUCCUAAUGGAAAUUAUAAUUUUAAUUUUAUUGAAAUUUAUUUACAUAAUUUAAAUGAUGAUAAGUUAAAUGAAUAUAAAAUCAAUGAUAAUCCAUUACCUUUGAAUACACUGUUCAAUUAUCCUAAAUUUUUAAAAUAUUUGAAUACAUAUGAUAUUUUUGAUUCUGUUGAUGGGUGGGUUGAAGGUUUUAUCCGGACAUCAAAACCCGAAAAUAGAUAUUUUUUAAAAGGUCUAAAUUUUCAUUCAGUAACGGAUUUUAAAGAAUUGAUUAUUAUGUCAUUAUUCAAAUUAUUUAUUGAAAAUGAAGUAAAUUUACAUACUCUUGAAAUUAAGGUUACAGAUCCUUAUUUUCAUACAUGUUUUUAUAAUAUUCUCGGGUUAAUUUUACAAAAUCCAAAUUUUAUCCAUAAUAUUAGAAAUUUAAAAUUUUAUGCUAUAUCUAAUAAUAUUAAAAACAUUCUAAUUGAAGAUCGUAUAAUUCAAAUAAUUAAUUUACAUCAAAAUCUAAAAACAAUUUUAUUAGGUAAUGGAAAUUUACUUUUCUAUCGUCCAUUAUUAUUAUCAAAAGAUUGCAAUUGUUCAAAUUCUUUAAAUAAUAUCAUAUUAUGUUCCGUCGAUUUUAAUAAUAUGAAUAAUUUUAAAAAGAUAUUUGAACAAUUAAAUGUUUUAGAAUCCGUUCACGUCGUUCAUUGUUCUUCUUUAAGUGAUUUUAUUCAACAAAUUAUUACUUUAACUAAACCAUUUAAAUUAAAAUCUUUAUUUAUAAAUGAGAUAUUACAAAUUGAAUCAUCAAUACAAUUAUUAUUACAAAAAUCUGGUGAUUAUUUAGAAAAUUUUGGGUACAGAUUUGAUCUUGAUUAUAAUCUAUCAUUAAAAAAACAACAAUUAUUAGAAUUAAUUACAAAAUAUUGUAAGAAUAUCAAAUUCCUUGAUUUGUAUGGAAUUGAUAAUCUGAUUAUUUAUCCAAUAAUCAAUUUAAUUGAAAAUGUUAAACAAAAUCUUAGUUAUCUUUCUAUCAGUACAUGUAAUAAUAAUCCUUUAACCUGGGAGGAUUAUUUUUAUUCAUCAUAUGGUGAUACUGAAUGUAGUUCAAUCAUAUUACAAAAUUUAGGACAAACUCUUCCUUCUAAAUUAGAGUAUUUACAUUUGAGUCUUCAUCACAUUAAAACAAGUGAUUUUGAAAUAUUUCUAAAAAAUUCUCAAGAUACUUUUAUUAAGAAAUUAUUAAUUUAUCAUAGGGAAAGUCAAGAUAUUUUACCCACUGUAAAAGAAUAUAUUAUGAAAAAGGAAAGGGUUAAAUAUUUAGCUAUAUAUUGGUGA